GUAAACAAACCACUGUCAAAACUCUACCGAAAACAUUUUUUUUUCUCCUCUGCGUAUCGCACCUGUCCAGAUCCAGCGCUGUGCAUCGCAUUUGUAUUCAGGUGUUUGUCCAUUCUUUCUAAGGUCAUCAGUGUGACCUAGUUAGUCAUCCCUCUAGUGCAGCGUACGAAAGUAUGGAUCCAACGAUGGAUGAGGCGAAAAUUGUUAAGGAAACCCUUCACGCGGGCAGCAAAGUGGUACCGUUCCGGGACGGGGCCAAAAUCAGCUUUCACUAUCAGACGCGUAAGCUGGACGGAACGGUGAUUGACGACAGCCGGAAGCAAAAGAAACCCAUGGAGCUGGUGCUGGGUAAGAAGUUUAAGUUUGAAGUGUGGGAAGUGUGCGUUCAGAAGAUGGCCCUCCACGAGGUGGCCAAGUUUCGGGUGGACAAAUCGCUGGUGCAGCAGUAUCCGUUCGUAUCGAAGACGAUACGGGACGCGCAGAAGCCCUCGGAUCAGCGCAAGCACUGCUGCGGGAUGACAAUUCAGAACGAGGGCAUCGGAUACAAGGACUUGGAUGAGUUAUUCAACAGUCCGCAAGAUUUGGAAUUUGUGCUGGAGAUAGUUUCAAUUGAGAGUCCUGAGGAGUACGAGAAGGAAUCGUGGCAGUUGAAUGACGAGGAGAAGGUGGAGCAGAUUAAGAAACUGAGGGAAAAGGGGAAUGAUUGUUAUGCCAGGAAGGAUUUUUCUGGUGCAACGGAGGCCUACUCCUUUGCGGCAGGGCUUGUGGAACAGCUGAUGUUAAAGGAAAAACCAAACGACACGGAAUGGCUGGAAUUAGCUGAACUAAAGAUUCCCCUCCUACUCAACUACUCUCAAUGCAAAUUACUCGAUAAGGAUUACUAUGCAGUGAUACAACACUGCAGCGAGGUGCUGGACAAAUACGAUAAAGACAAUGUGAAGGCGCUCUUUCGAAGGGCGAAAGCACACAUCGGAGCGUGGAAUCCAGAUAAAGCGAAGGAAGAUUUUCAGCGAGCAGCAGAACUAGAUCCGGCGUUAGCGCCGUCUGUGGCUAAGGAGUUGAAAGCUCUCCAGGAACUGAUACGAAUUAAGGAUGUUGAGGAUAAGUUGAAAUUUCAAAAGAUGUUCUAAAUGUACGCGUUCCAGUAAUGCUUAAUGUUGUAUGAAUCAUGAUAACUACUAUUCACUACUAGAAUAUUUGUGAGCAAUCGGUAUGUUGUAAAAUAGUUAAUUGUAUGGAUGUAAAGCCAGUGGCCAUAACCAAUUACUCACAUGAGUUU